AUGCCGUGGGCGGGGACAGCCAGCUCCUCUAUAAAAGGAGAGGCUCCGAGGGACGGCGUUCAUUUGGCAGCUAGCCACAGAGCCUUGUGGAAGCAGCUGUCCCCGCCUCCCGGCCUCAGAAGAACUCCUACUUGUCAGGCCGCCGUCCCUUGCACCUGCUCGUGUCCUGCGACGGACCCAGAGAUUCCCGCCACUUUCCCCGAGUCCGAGGACGAUCCGGAGAGUCAGCGGUUGGCAGCCCCGUUAGGUCCUCCGGCUGCCAUGCCCGUGGCCGAGAAGGCCCAAGGCGGCAGGGCCACCGUGCAGCGCCGCCCCUUCUGCCCGCCCCGGCCGGGCGGCGGCGGAGCUGAGAACGAGCCCCCGCACCCCAGCGCUGCCGACGCCCCGCAGGGCGCGGAUCCCGGCCCUUCUCCCGGCCCGGCUCCUCCCUCCGAGCCCAACGGCUCCCCCGCAGCCGGGCCCCCCCGGCCUCUGCUCCCCAGCGGCGGCGCCGCUCGCUCCGGGACGCUCCAAGUCGUCCUCUGCAACUAUUCCCUGUGGCUCGCGUUCCAUGGGCAGCAGAACGAAAUGAUGCUCAAAAGGCCGGGCCGGGCCAUGUUCCCCUUCCUGGCUUAUCAGAUCCGGGGCCUGGAGCCCCGCGCCCGCUACCGCGUCUUUGUGGACAUGGUGCGCGUCGAUGGGCAGCACUGGCGCUAUGAGAAGGCCCGGUGGGCUCCCUAUGAACCCGAAGAGAGCCACGUUCCCGAUAACCAGGUGUAUCCGCACCCAGACUCCCCCAACACGGGCGCCCACUGGAUGCAGCGAGACGUCGCCUUUAAAACGCUCAGGCUCACGAACGCCCAGCCCGCGGCCCGGAGCGCCGGCCGCGCCAUCUGGCUCCAGUCUCAGCACAGGUACCGGCCCCGGCUCCACGUGCAAGAACUGGGCGGCGGAGACCGGGAAGCGCCGGCGGCCGCCUCCCGGCCCCACGUCUUCUCCUUCCCCGAGACCGAGUUCAUCGCCGUGACCGCUUAUCGCAAUGCCGAGAUCAUCCGCCUCAAAAUCGCCCACAACCCCUACGCUAAGGCCUUUCGGAGACGCUCCGCCGCGGCGGGGAGCUCGAGCGCGGGGCCCCCGCCCCCACCGGCCGCCGCCCUUCCCCCCAGCCUGCUGCCCCCCACGUCUGCAGCCGCAGCGCCUCACCCAGACAGACGGGAGCCUCCGGGGUGCGGAGCCCGGGAACAGCCGAGGCUUCACAGGAAAAUGUGCUCCCGAGGGACCCAGACAGAUGCCCAAGAUGCAGCCGGGGAGGAAAGGGCUCCGAAGAAGAGGCGUCUGUCUCCCGGGCCUUCAGGCAGCCGCGCCGUGUCCUCGGCGAGGGCCCAUGGACAAGCCCAGGCCCAGCCGCUUCCAGCUCCAGAAGGCAGCAUGAACGCGUCCCCCGAAGCCGCUGCUGAGGACCCUGGCGACCUGCCGGUAACAGAAGAGGCCGCUGUGCAGGAGGGGGACAGAGCGAUGCCCGCCAACUGCUGGGCCCUGCAGCAGCCCCAGCAGCCCCAGCAGCCCCUGUACUAUGUCUUUGACUCCACUCCCAGCAGCAGCAGCAGCAGCAGCAGCAGCAAUGACCAGGCAACGUUGGAAGUUGUGACCCUCGACCUGCAGACCUCCCCUACUCCACUUGAAGCGAUUUAUGGCUCCAAUCCAGAGAACUGGCUCGCCCUACUGCAGGCGGCCAUAUUCCCAGCAGACCCCUCCCAGGGCACCAGCGGGGACUGCGACCCAUCUCUACCUCUGCAGCCUGUCCCUGGAGCCCAAGAACAGCUUAGUGUUCAAGAGCAAAUCUGGCCCCAUCUGACCCAGACAGAGCUGGAAGAUUCAGCACAGGCUGAGGGAGCUCCCCAGAAGAGAGGUUUGUCUCCUCAGGCUUCAGGUAGUCAGGCAAGGUGUUCAGAGGGGGCCGAUGAAGAAGCCCGGGACCAGCUUCUUACAGCUGCAGCAUCCAGCCCCUACACCUUCCCAGAAGCAACUUCUCAGGACCCUGGACAGGCUAGUGUCCCAGACAGCAGAAAAGGGAUCCCUGUUCUCUCGAGUGCCCCCCAGCAGUCCCAGCCACCAUUGCACCCUCCUCUUCUGAAAGCCACCCCAGCAGCAGCAACAAAAGCAGGCAGCAGCAACAGCAGUGGUCUGGAAACCUUGCAAGUUGAGACCCUGAACCCCGGCCUGCAGACCUCCCCUACUCCACUUGAAGCUGAAUGA